AUGUCUGCGGAGUAUAACGACGCGACGCUCGCGCAGAUUCGCGAGGUUAUCUCGCGCCUCCAAUCACCCAUUCCUGACCUCUCGACGUUGCUUCCCCUCCUGGCUGCCCCACUUUCCUCCAUAGGAGUUCUACCACCGCGCUUCGGGAUACACAACACAUCACCAAUCCCAUAUAAUGCUCUCAAUAUUCCCCGACACGCGCCACUCUUGCAAAGAGCGCUUCUGGAACAUGUCAUACCGGUUUGGGAGCCGGAACUAUUGCAGGAGGACGCGUACGGACUGGUCGAGCAAUACUUCUGUCCCGAUGCUAUGACAUUCUCUUCGCCUUCGGCUAGGCAGCUAGCGCUGUACGCCUAUUCAACACUCCUAUCCAUGCCGAUGAAAGACUACUCCAUUCGCUUGCUUGCUAAGCUUGCGAAGGCCUAUCCGAUCGACGUCCUGCACACCAUUCUAUUCUCAGGAAACAGCGGUGUAUUGUAUGGGAGACACUCUAUGACCUGGGAAGACUGCGUACGGAACGUGCUCGCGGUCCCUGCUAAAGUCGCGAACUACAUGGAAGAAAGGCGCGACUUGCCGCCUGCCUUGGAAUAUGGGUCAUUCUUCGCGGAUGUGAGUAUACGCACAGAACAGCUAAUAUAUGUAUCCCAAGCCGAACGCUCGCAAGACAAAAUAUCUUCCAUAGCAUACCUGCUCUCUAAGCUAGUGAACACUGGGGUGUUCUCUUCCUCUGUGCCUACAUCUCCCGCACAACCUUCGUUCUUCCAGGCUACCCUGCCGACAAUUCGGUCCCGUCUUUUAUACGACAAUGGCGACUAUUCUGCCUUCUGGACAAAACUUCUCACCUCGCUGCCUUCGUCGAUGACUCUGAGGUCCAUCCUGACUUCGUUGCUCACACACCUGACGCCGAUACCUAUAGUGCUCGAUAAUAGUGUGCGCUCCCGCAGGCUCAUUACUCGUGAGGCACUACUGGUAAAGCGUUUGGUCGGCCUUCUUCAUAAGGACAACCCGGAGCUAGUAGACUGUUUCAGUGCAGUAGCUUUUGGGCGCAAUUGGGAUGAAGGCCACGCGCGGAUAUUUGCUUGCUGGGCUGCUGGUGCACAGAAGGACAGCAGAGAUCGAAAAGCUCUCGACGUUCUUCUUGCCAAGGCGGUAGACAUUUGGACAGAUGCGGACCAUGUCCGGCACUCCCUACUUUCCCAACACAAAUACGUCACGUCUCUGCUGCUCGUCACCCUAAAAUGCUUUCCUUCGCCAAGUCCGGCGCAUGACAUGGCCCUCUCACCGUCGUUCGUGCAGUCCGUCUCAACGUAUAUCUCCCACUUGGACCCAUCAGUCCGUCGGUGCGGGUCGAUGGUAGCGGAGGAAGUCGCUCGCGCUGCGGGGAAAUCGCUAGACUUUGGCGACUGGGAAGGAGACGACCCCGGAAAGGCAUGGUGUCGACAGUUGCGGGAUCUCCUCAAGGAGUGCGACGCAGAUGUAGACCAAACAACCGAGCCGGAAAGCGAACUUCCAACAUCCCCAGAGGCGCACUCCACGCCAGCAGACACUGAAGAGUUCCCCCAGGCCAAGCUCGCGGUUGUAGAACCUUCGGGGUACGACUCGGACGAUUCUGUCACCGGAUACGCCUCCCCUUCUUCCUCACGCUCGGCGUCGCCAACACCGUCCGAACUGGAAGAGGUUGAGCGUGACCCAACCAUACGGGUGGGCGUGAAGAAGGUUCCGCGGCCGGUGUAUCUUGCGCAACUUGGAGAAAUGCUACGGCCCACCGGCGGCUUGCAAAGCGGAGACGAGCAACUACAGGCCACAAAAGUCGAAGUCGGGCUUGAGGUUGCGGAAGAACUGAUCAGGCGGAAGAGUGGUUAUGGCACCGAACUAGAGGAAAAUGCGGUCAAUCUGGCGCAUGGGCUCAUGGGUCUUCAAGACAACUAUGACUUGGAAGGUUUCGACCAAAAGCGUCAAGCUGCGUUGAACGCUCUAGUCGCUUGCUGUCCCCGCAAGGCAGCACCUGCUAUCAUUGAAGAGUUUUUCAGGAAUCAGUACUCCACCGAUCAACGCUUCGUUAUGUUGAACGCCCUUGCUCUGGGCGCACGAGAGCUCGCCUCUUUGCCUGUGCCUGACCUGCCUGGUCGUCAGGCGUUGUCAAGCGAGAAGGUCGCCUUUCCUAGCAAGCGUCUUCCUCCUGCCCAGCAUAACAAAUACCUCACCACUGGUGACCAACUCAGGACAAACGACCCCGUCCAAUUUCUAUUGGAGGGGAUCAGCCAGCAGGCUAUCGACAAAGGCAGAGAUGCGACAGCAGACAAGGUGCCCGAGCUCGUCCGCGAGCGCAAUCUCCGCGUCCGCCCCUCAUCCAAAAUUGCCGAAGUCCCAGCCACCACGCCCUCCGCGCACGCCUCCCUGAUGCGCCAGCUCGCGGGCACUCGGCACCCCAAGCGCACGACGUUUACCGAGGUCGCCGCCGAAUACUUCAUCUGCCCCUUCAUCAACCGCUUCUGGCUCUUCCUCCGAGACGAGCAGACGCGCGAGGCGCGCACUGCACAGCAGCCCGUCCUGCAUCGGUACACCGGCGCAGGCACCGGGCUCGUCCUCAGCGCGCUCAUCCUCGGCCGCUUCCUCGAGACCCUCGCCGUGCUCGUGCAUGCGGCGCGCAACGCGCGCGAGUGGCUCGCGGUCAUCGCCCCGGACGCGCUCGAGCUGGCGCUCACCCUCGGCACGCGCCCGCUUUCCCGCGGAGAGGGUGCGGACGACGACGCUGGCGCAGGCGAGGACGGUGCGGGGUCGGCGGGGCCCAAGCAGAGCAAGGAGGCCGCGCUGCUCACGGCGGCGCUGGAGCUGGUGCUCAUUGUGCUCGACGGGUGCCUCGACCUCGACGGCGGAAAGUCGCUUGGCCUCGAGCAUACCGCAUCGCUUCUGGGGGCGGGCGAGUGGGCUGGAAAGGUGUUAGGGGGGCUCGAGGAUGGUGCGAAGGUUCUCGGCGGAGGGGGUGUGCAGGAAGUCCGGUUGCGCCGUGCUGCUGCAGGGGUGGUCCUCAAGGUCGAUGAGCUGACUUCGCAGUGGAGGCGUUCUAUGGUAGAUAUGGCAUGA